AUGUUUUCCAGAACAAUCUUGUCGGCUUUCCGCCCAAUCUCGCGGCCGACGCCGCUACGCCCUAUCCGUUUCCCGGCCUUCCCUCCGCCGUCAACCCUCAAUGCUCGUCUCCUAUCGUCGGAGACCAAGGCAGCUAUCGACAAGGCGAUCGCAUCUGCCCCCGUUGUUCUGUUCAUGAAGGGUACUCCCGAGACCCCUCAAUGUGGUUUCUCUCGCGCGAGUAUUCAGAUCCUGGGCCUGCAAGGCGUAGACCCCAAGAAGUUUGUGGCGUUCAAUGUCCUGGAGGAUCCAGAGUUGCGCCAAGGUGUUAAAGAAUUCUCGGAUUGGCCGACCAUCCCUCAACUAUACUUGGACAAGGAGUUUGUUGGCGGAUGUGACAUCUUGAUGUCUAUGCACCAGAAUGGGGAGCUUGCCAAGCUACUGGAGACGAAGGAUGUUCUCGUGGCAGCAGAUCAAUAA